CGUCAUCUUGUUAGGCUCAAAGUGCAAAGAGCUGAUUGUUUCUUAUCUCAUUGUUGUUCUCUAAGCAGCACCUUGUCCAUAUGGUAUAAAGACAACACAAGGUGGCGCUGGAGUCUUUCCUCUUUUCCACGUAAUUUUUUAUAGCGGCCUUUAUUUUAGUUUUUUAUAUAAUGUUGUUCUCUUUUUAAAAAAAAACCGCUUCAAGUGUUUCUUUUUCAUAACGAGGACAGAUUGGAUUUCUCUUCGCUCCGCCAACAGGUGGCGCAAACAACGCCAUAACGUUUAUCGCGUAGAGGAAGACUUCACUUCCGGGUUGUUUGUUUUUGUUAUUAGCACUUAGCAGCUGGCAACCUGUGUAACGAUGUCUGCCGCAGAAGACGACACGGAGCUGAGGGAUCUUCUCAUCCAAAACUUGGAGAACAAUGGAGUUCUAAACAAGCUCAAGGCGGAGAUGAGGGCAGCUGUGUUUCUGGCGUUGGAGGAGCAGGAUCAACUGGAGAACAAGACACCGCUGGUCAAUGACAACCUGAAGAAAUGUCUCAACACCAAAGAUGGUCGUCUGGUGGCCAGUCUCAUUGUGGACUUCCUGCAAGUGUUUCAUCUGGACUUCAGCCUGGCCGUCUUCCAGCCAGAGAUCAACACGCUGAGUGGUCUGGACAGUCGUCAGCAGCUCUGCAGUGAGCUUGGCCUGCCGGAGGCGGAGCUUAACACUAAUUCUCCUCUGCUGCUGGAGCUCGUCAGACGAGGGCGACACAAAUUCACGUCCAUCAUGGAAGCUGAGGUGGCAUCGGGCGAGAACAGAGUCACGUCUCCACCUGUCAACAAGGUCGCCAUUUCCGGUGGCGAGGAGGACGAGCAGCAGGACUGCAAACCCCUUGUGGAGGCGGACAGCAGGACCUUGUCUUCAGCUCCAGACCAGUGUUUGGAUGUGGAGGAAAACGUGGAGGACCACCAAGACGAAGAUGAUUCCUUUUUUGAUGACCCGCUGCCUAAACCUCAGAAGACCUAUGGCUGGCAGGUGGACACUGGUGGCAGCAGACAGCGUCCAGAAGUCUCGCUGUCAGAGGCGGAGCAGACGCCAGGAGGAGGAAGCGCAUCGGAAAGGAGCUCGUGUCAGAAGGGAUUCCGAGACCAGAAGGUCCACUGCAAAGAGAAUGAAGGCGGGUCGCUGAAUUUAGAAGACGACAUGGAAUACAACGACGACGACUUCAACAGCCAUCGCUCUGACCACUACAAGAGCGAGCUGAGCAUCAGUGAGGACAUCGAGGAAGUUUCCAUCGAGGGACCUGACAACAGCGACAAGGAGGACACAGUGGACCUGAGCGUCUCUCAGCUGAGCCAAAGCCAUGGAGUGGACUACAUGGAGGAGGUGGCCUGACCUUCUUCCUCUUGUAUAGUUUUAAUACGCUAAUAAAUAUUAUCAUGUAACACCAGCCUCUCAUCUUGUAGCAACAGCUUCAAAUUGUCAUGUCUAUCCAGCCACCAGGGGGCGCUAUGUGCCAAUGAAAGCAGUCAUAAGCAGUGUUG